AUGAAGUGGUUAGGCGCAGGGAAUGUACCUGUUUCCAGCACAAAUAAUACAGUGUUGAAUAACAGUGGUAAUCAUUUGCAAGAGCAUCAACAACAGUUAAGUGAGAAUGAACCAAGUGGAGAAAAUGUAUUACGACAAACAGUACAAGAAGAACCAAUUGUCAAUUAUGUAUUUGAUUGUGCAUCAGGUGAAUCACAAGAAUAUGGAUUACAAUCUGCUCCAUUACCAUCUAAACUCCCACAGCCUAGGUGGCCAGCAACCUCUGAGGACUGUUUUUUAGAGCAAAUGCAGGAGAAAUGGAAAUAUUUCUCUGCGAAAAUGUCUCAACCUCCACCUCAGAUAUCUGAAGUACCAAAUGUACAAUAUCAAUUACAACCAAUAUUAGUUAAAUCUGGAGAAGGUGGUGCAGAACAGUAUGUUUAUGGAGCACCCCCAGGAUUGCAUCCCUAUCAGCAACAUAUGGCAGAUUUAGCAAACUCUUCAAUGGCACAUAAUUCAGCACAUGCAAUUAUGUCAACACAACAGCAACAUACUAUGGACUUACACAUGCGAAAUGGAGAAAUUGCAUCCUCAACCAAAAAGCUAUGGGGAGUCGAAGAAGGCAAAGAAGAUGGACCUAAAGGCAUACUUAAUUUAAAUGAUCAUCAUCACCAAAUGUGGAGAGAUUCCACUUGGAGUUCUAAUACAAGAAGAGGGGCUGGUUUUCCAGUUGGUAAUGAUUCUGGCAAUAUAUUAUCUCCAAGAUCAUCAGAAGCUGGAAUUGGUAUGAAGAUGGUCGAAUAUGUUUUAGCCAGUACACCAAAUAAAAUGGAGCCCCUAGAACCUAGAAUGAGAAAUUUAGUUAUUAGUUCUAACGAUGGUGAAACUAUAAAGAAAGAAAAAGAAAAACCACCGGGUUCUCCCUACGAUUCUGUAAAUAGUAAUAAAAAAGAAAUGGAAAAUGGUAAUUGUUCAACUGUUCAACAAAAUGGAAUGGUGGUUGUGCAAAAUGGCUUAGACGAAGAUAAAUAUAUCAAUCGUCAAGCAUCACCAUGUGAAGAAGAAAUCAACAAAAAUGCAAUGAACGCAGUAUCGAGCAAUCAAGUAGCUAAUGCUGGUUCCAAUAAUGUAGUGGUGAUUGACAGUUUGCAUGGUGCACUACACCAAGGACAACUAAUGAAUCAUCAUCACCAUGGAAUGACUAUGCCUUUACACCAACAAUUCCAAGUACAAGGUGAUCCAAAUCAAAUGGAUCUCAAUUCAUACCAUGCCAACAAUGCUCAACAACAACAAGGCGCUAUUGACUCCCAGGGAAAUGUUAUGACUCCAUUUGAUAUUCAGACGUCGGUGCUUCUUGGUAAUUCAGAUACUGGUCCAGUGACAACUUUACAAGAUGCGCCUGACCAGAGUGAAGUUCUUUACUAG